GAGGGAGGUGGAAAACAUUUGCAUUGUGUUUAUAAGAAGUGCCGCUUUCAUUGAGCCAAGUCAAUCAUCAUGGACGUUAACGGCUACUUUAUUAAUUCUAUUUUUCUUCUUCUAUUUUUAGAUUGUGUGCUCUCUUUCCAUCUCUUUCUUCCUUUGAGUUUAACGCCCUUUCCUGUUCUGCAUUUCAGUCUGGUCUCUCUUUCUCUUCCCGCACCAGAGUUUCUCUUUCCGUACGUGUCUAUGCAUCUCCUUCACCCUUUUCUCUCUGUCUCUCUGUCUCUCUCUGGUAAUCUAUCUUAGUUAAUAUCGUCUUUGCGAGCAGCUGGGUACCGGAGCCCAGUCAGCUCCGUGAGAAACAGACCUCUGUUGGUGUGAGUGCGAGAGAGGGUGAGACACACACACACACACACUCCGUACAUAGAGAAAGAUAAUGACAAAGAGGAAACAGGGUAAAGUAGAAAGUAAAACAGAAGCAAAAGACAGAGCGAGGAGGAGAGAACCUGGCAAUUUACACAAGAGCGUAUGGCCGGAAUUAUAACACCAUGAAGAUACGCAUGCAUCUCUGUGGAUCUACCCAGAGUGGAGAGUAAUGGGCACUUGCAGGUCGCAGAAGAGCAGACGCAAGCACCUCCCAAAUGUCAACAGCAUUGUGUGGCCACCCGCGUCGAGUAAACUGAUUGACCGAACAAAUGUGUGCUGACUCUGUCCAUGGACACCUUCUACAUCAUUUGACAUAAUGUAAAAAAACAAAACAAAAAAAAAAAAAACAAUGCAGCUUGCAGAUCGGCUGUGAAGAAUGUUGUGAAGAAUCUAAUAGUCCCUGACUGAAAUACAGAUGAUAGAUUGACAUGUGGUAAAGAUAUCUGUGAAUCCAAGAGGAUGCAAACCUCUGGUCUCCCAACAAUUACCAAACAUUAGUGUACCUUUACUUAUUAUUUUUUGUUACCGCUUAUCUCUUAGGUCAGUGCUUCCCAAUACGUUGACCAUGGUAGACCAGACACGACGUGCAGUACAAUGAGACCUCCCCAUGUAUGCACAGUGCUACAAAACACUAGUGAGCCAUGUAGUUAGCCUACCAAUUUACUUAAGAAGGGGUAUAAAGAUGAGUGCUGGACCAAGUAAUAAACCAAAAAGGCAGUUAUGCAAGUUCUCACAACAUGUGUGCCUUGUACAAGAAUACCUGUGAGCACCCUUUCCCUAGAGGGUCAUGAGGUGACUAUCCCGGCUGUCAUUGGGUGAGAGGCAGGCUACACACUGGACAGGUCACCAGUCUAUCGCAGGGCUAACACACAUGGACAACCGUUUCCACUCAUAUCUACACCAAUUUAGAAUCUAGAAUCACCAAUUAACCUAACCAGCAUGCCUUUGGACUGUGGGAGGAAACUAGAGCAACAGGAGCUGUGAGGCGUCAGCCCUGACCACUGCUUCACUGUGCUGCCCAAUUGUAUCUUCUAAUAUCAGCGCGCUAACAUUGUCAUUAGCAGUAUCCCAGCUGGCUGCUGUUGGGAUUCAUCUCAAAGUGCUGCUUUUUCUAAGUACAGCCUGACAGCGUUGCUGAAAAUGAGUGAUAUGCAUUGAUAUGCAUUCUCUUUGCGGCCAUGGAAACUUUGUGUUUGGUGGUCUAUUUAACUUGGGCCUAUUUAGACUUGCAUUGACUAUCCUUACGUAAUGGUGUGCUUACAUUAGCGCAGAGAGAGCGGCAAGCUACAGCAAAUUUUUUUAAUGGAAACAACAAAUGAGCCAGAUAUGAAGCACCAAACAGAGAUUGCUCCUUUGUGUGCACAUCAAGCAAUCCUAAUCAUUGUUUGCUUCACCCUUUGCUGUGUUUAUAUAUAUAUAUAUAUAUGUAUAUAUAUAUAUACACAUAUAUACGUCCCCGUCCUUGGUUUGUAGCUUGUGUCACUUCUUGUGUGAAUGCACCAUUAUGAAACUAACCCUUACCCAUUCAAGACAUAUCUCUUGUCCUUGAAAAGCAUUUUUAAAUGCCUAGGUUAGUCCUGAGGUUGUUCCGAACUAGACGUCAUCACUUGCAUUUCAUUAUUCACAACGCAGGGGCUCGAUCUAUACUGUGGGGUUAAAGGUCAAAAUAUCUUUCCUCGUUCCGAUGUAUCAUUCACAUCACUCAACUUCAUGAAAGUGAAACGCUACACAGCUUGCCUUGCUGAGCAGAUAGCAUGCAUAGUAAAACUGAGACUUAAGGACGAGCAGGUAAACAGGCAGUGGGACCGGGACAGUGAGACAGUAGUGCGUUUUCAGUUUCCUCCAGCUUGUCUAGUUGCCGGGGUGACCGUCCGGCCUGGCUCGAUGUUCGAGUACAAGAGAAAAAAAAAAAAGAAGAAGAAGGAAUGAAAAGAACAGAAAAGAAAGAAAACGCGACUACAAUCAAUGAGACCCUUUUUGUUUCAGUGGGAACCUUCUUUUACCCCCCGAUGGCGCACACACAUUGAAACACGCACGGACUGAGGAACAGGAUGACUGAAACGGUGUGUGACUGUGUGCCUUUGUGUCUGACUCCCUCUCCCUCUCUGUGUGUGUGACUGACUUUAUUUAAGACAAGGGUCCUUUUGUUUUAAGCUGGAGAAUGGCUCUGAGACCGAGGCUGGCCCUGUAAUUGGCCUACUUAGGCCCUGUUUAGCAUGAGAAAAGCCAUCCUUGGGCCGCCAGUGCCAAGCUAACUCUUGUUUUCAGCCGCAGAGAAGGACGGACUCGGUGAUCAGAAUUCAGAUUAGCCUGAAAAACACCACCACCCCCCACUCUAAACACACUCCUCCACCCUCUGCUUUAAAUACACUGCACACUAAUUACUUAACGAGAGAGCUGGGAAAAAAAAAAAAAAAAAAAAAAUCCACACUUUUAACGGAGUAGCGGUAGAGUCUAUUUAAAGGACGAGGGGGAGGGGAGGCAGGUUCUUUUUCACCUCUUUCCUCCUCUCUAACUUUUUUGUGCCUCUUUAAAAAAAAAAAAAAAACUCCAUCCGUCUCUCUGUCUUUUAUUCUCAAGUUCUCUCCGAAUCAGCCCAGACACCACUUGUUGCUGCCAAAAUCAUUGAACUUAAUUAGCGGGACAAUGUGCGCGCGGUUUGCUAAGUCUGAGCUGUAAACAGAGUCGCGGCUCUAGAGGAAGGGGAAAAACGGCAGCAGAGUAGAGAAGUUAGGCUCUGAGCUGUGAGGUGAACGUCUCCACGCCGAGCAGCAUGAGGUCACUCCCACGGAGUCGAUACUGGGUGGCGAGCUGGGCAUGGGGAGUCCCGGCGCGGCGUCGCCCACCAAGCCGGCCGGUCAGUACUACCAGCACUACGGCGCCAACCCGCGGAGGAGAGCGCUGCACAUGGACUCCAUGGAAAUUCACCCAAAAAAAGUGCGGAAGGUCCCUCCCGGCUUGCCGUCUUCAGUGUACGCUCCAUCUGCCAGUACAGCCGACUACAACAGGGACUCACCGGGCUACCCUUCCUCCAAACCUCCCAGUACCGGCUUCCCAAGUUCUUUCUUUAUGCCAGAUGGACACCACAGUGGUGAUCCCUGGAGCAGCAGUAGUAGCAGUAUGAGCCAGCAAGGUUACCACAGCAGCAUGCUGGCGGGAGGGAACUCGACCCAUGGCCCUGCCCAGAGCUCAUCCUACUGCGGGAUUCAUCCUCACGACAGACUGAGCUACCCCUCACACUCGUCUGCAGACAUCAGCUCCAGCCUUCCCCCUAUGUCCAGCUUCCACAGAGGGGGAGGUGGUGGGAGUGGGGCCAAUCACUACAGCACCGCCUCUUGCACUGCCCCCACAAACGGCACAGAGAGCACCAUGGCUAACCGAGCACAGAGCGGAGCAGCCAGCAGCUCUCAGACAGGAGACGCCUUAGGGAAAGCACUCGCAUCGAUCUACUCUCCAGAUCACACGAACAACAGCUUCUCAUCUAAUCCCUCCACCCCAGUCGGCUCCCCGCCCUCCCUCACAGCUGCCAGUUCAGCCGUCUGGUCGAGGAAUGGUGGACAGGGAGCAUCAUCGCCAAACUACGAGGCUCCGCUGCACUCUCUGCAAAGUCGUAUUGAGGACCGGCUGGAGCGUUUGGAUGAUGCCAUCCAUGUACUACGGAGCCACGCGGUGGGACCGUCAACGGGUAUGAGCAGCGGUCACGGCGACAUGCACAGCCUCAUCGGGGCAGCACACACGCACAACGGCGCCAUGGGCGCUCUGGGCAGCGGAUACGGGUCGGGACUGCUAUCAGCCAACAGACACUCGCUCAUGGUGGGCUCUCACAGAGAAGAUGGCGGCAGCGUAAACAGUUUACGUGCAGGACACUCGAUGGCCGGUCAGGUGCCAGUGCCUCAGCUGCCAGUUCAGUCGGCCACCUCGCCGGACCUCAGCCAGCCCGACCCCUACCGUGCUCUGUCCGGAGGACUUCAGGGCCAGAGCACCUCCUCUGUCAGCUCAGAGAUCAAGUCUGAGGACGAGGGCGACGAGAACCUCCUGCAGGACUCAAAAUCCCUGGACCCCAAGAAGGAGGACUUAGACAGCAAGGACCUAAAAUCAAUUGAGAGGUCAAGAUCUAGCAACAACGACGACGAGGACCUGUCUCCGGAGCAGAAGAUGGAGAGAGAGAGGGAGCGGAGGAUGGCCAACAAUGCACGGGAGCGUCUGCGUGUGCGCGACAUCAACGAGGCGUUCAAGGAGCUGGGCAGGAUGGUCCAACUGCACCUGAAGAGCGACAAACCUCAGACCAAGUUACUGAUCCUGCACCAGGCCGUUGCAGUCAUCCUCAGUCUGGAGCAACAAGUCAGAGAGCGGAACCUGAACCCCAAGGCGGCCUGCCUGAAGCGUCGUGAGGAGGAGAAGGUCACCGUGGCGUCAGACGGGACUCCACUCUCACUGGCUGCAGCACACCACGUCGCCGCCGCCGCCAUGGGUGACGGGCCAAAUCCUUUGGGACAAAUGUCCAAGGUGCCAGAGUUCAUCAAGAUGAUGAGUGACCACUUCCUCUGACGGCAUUUCCAUGACAACAAGGCAAUCGAUCAAACCCAUUGUUCUUUCAGCCCGACGAAUCAGUUUCUCUGGAACCUCGGCUCGACCAAUCCGAUCUGCCUCUUUCUCUCCUCUCGUCUGUUGUCUCUGAUCCUCCUCUUCGCCAUCGUCUCCUCCUUCUGUCAAGAACAUGAACUGCAGAGUCACAUUAGAUGCUUUCGUCACUUUGCAUUUCCAGCUGAAGUGAACUGGAUGCUUCUCUGUGGAGACAUUAACAUGGCCGCCGUAACAAGGCUGCUACAAAGUGGCAGCUUUUGACACAAAGUGACAGCAAUGGACAAAUCUCUUUGGAAUUACAUCAUCCAAGAAAUUCUUCUUGUACUACGUGUUUUAUCAGCAUUCCCAGUUUCAAAGAACAAAAGUGUUCUGUAUAAAUAUAUAUAGUAUAUAUAUAAUAUAUAUAUAAUAUAUAUAUAUAAUAUAUAUAUAUAUAUAUAUAUAUAUAUAUAUAUAUAUAUAUAUAUAUGAGAAAAGAAAAAUGACUAAAACUUGUUUAAAAAGUGCAACUGGACGCGGGCAGCGAGUAGGGAAGGGUUUGGGGAGGGAUGUUCAGAACGGAACAAAACAUAUCACAAAGUGUUUAAAGAGAUUUUUUUAAAGCAACCUUGCGCAGCUGUCGUUGAAUGCAGCUUCAGCGCAUCUCUGACUGAAUGGCAAUCUAACGCCACACUGUGGAUGAAGCUGUGCCUGAUCUCCUCUUGGAUGCAAACCAGUCAGAUUGAUAGACACAGAGAAGCAAAGAAAACAAAACUAAGACAAAAAAAAAGGAACAGGAAAAUUCCAGGAAAGCUGCACACUCAGACAUCCCCUUACACACAUUUCCAUGUACAAAAUGAAACGAAGGAGAGAUUAGGAGGCAAAAUCUGUUGCAACUCACUGCUGCUUUUGGGAGACGCCUGCAGUGCAGAGUGAUCUGAAUAAAAACUUCACAAAUGCUUGACUAUCAUAGAUGUCUAGAAAGAAGCAGGGCUAAACAAGAAAGGGGUGACUUGCUCUUCCCUUUUGAAUGCAUUCCCUCCUGAAGUGCAAACCUUUAGACUGUCAGUGUAAAACAAAUCUGAACAUUAACGUUUAUGUAUUUAUUAGUGCUUCAUGCUGAUAGCCACAUAGACUUUCUUCAGGCUGCAAACUUGUACAAACUGAUAUCUUGUUAGGUUGAACACAAACACAACGAGUCUGGACAUUUGUACCCAGAUGGCUCCACGUGCAUCUACUGGGAGGAAUCAAACAAUCAGUCAGUCAAUCAAUCACCCCACCAAUCAGCCGUGACUCCAGGGAGAUUGGAGUGUUAUUAUUUAAAGCGGAGGCAUGACAGUAGAAAGACAGAAAGGAAGAACGACACGGUGAUUAAAAAGUGUACUUCUAAUGUAAGGAAGGAAAGGCUUUUGUUGACAUCUCUAUGUGAGAUUGUUGUUGUGGGUUUAUAGCUCAGAAAGGGCUCUAGCAAACACACUGAGUCAGUCCUUUAUCCGAUAUUUGAUAGUAACGAGACUAAUGCAGGCUGCCUCUGAAAUCAAAGGACUGCUGGACACGUGUUGAUGAGUGCAUCGCAGAUGAACUGAGCACCCUAGUGAUUUCUGUUCCACCUUACUACUUUGCCUGAAUUGCAAUUACACUUCUUGGACUGAGUACGCCGAAAGGCUUGAAUUGGAGUUAGGAGCAUUGUGGAAGGAGAAAGCGGAACAGAAGUGGUAAAACAUCCCAAGGAGCUAGAGCUCAAGAGAGAGAAAAGGAAAAAAGUGAAUCCAGUAAGUGAUUAUGACACUGCAGGGGAAGCAAGGGAACAAUCAUCAGAGUGAGGGGACACGGUUCUCGUCCGGGGGACAAGAAGCAGUAGUCGAAGCAUUUUGUUGGAUUCUAUAGAUUCUGUCAUUUCCUGUUUUAGCAUCUGGCUGAUCAUAACCCUAACCCUGUAACCCCAGCCUCAGACCUCUCCCCUCCUCAGUGUGCCAUAACUUGGUCGGAGGAGGCCUUCAGAUUGACGCCUGCUGUCUUGGUCUAUGAGCACGUGUUAGUGGUUUCUCUUGCAGUGCUUUGUCUGUUGGUGUUGCAGUGGUGUUCUGCAACACUUUGAACAACCUUUGCAUUUUUAGUGUAAUGUGUUACUUUGCAGGCACUCAAAUCUGAUCAGGAAUGCCCCCAAAUGGGUUCUCGUUAGGGAGGAGGACCAUCUGGACACCUGGAGUGACAAGGAAUGUUAGCCUAAAGUGUCAUGUGCUACCACUGUUUGAACAUUGGUUACCAGUUAGCUGGAUGACUCAGACUUGCUGAGUGACUCUUGUGUCAGAGGACCAAAUGCGAUGGCUCAUACAUACAAGACUGAGCAGGGUUUAGGGUUUCCAGUUUUGGCUGUUUUGACCUUAGCAUCAGCUGCAAUUAGCUACGGGCAAGAGUUGGCCCCAGAAACACAUCAUAUCCAGCAAACAGACAUGCCCGUCCAAUACACAUGUUAGAACUAUGUGUAUUUCAGUCAACUGAAUCCCAACCAGUUGUUAAUACCCACGGGAGAUUUCAUGUUUAAGAGUGUCUUGUACUACUGGGUUUGCAAUCAUCGACAGUGACUUGGCAGUGGUGCCAGACUCAAAGGAUCAGCACAUAGCAUUACUGACUUUAACAAAAUCUUUGAGAAUGAGAAUAAAUCAAUGAGGAAUGAAUAUGUCAGGAAGAAAUCAUUGUGUUGCAAUGCAGCAACUUCUACCCUCCACCAACAGGCAGCGCUAACUGGAGUAUCUGCAAGAGCCCAUCAGUCUGGAAGUCCUCUUAUCCCAGUUGGAAGUCGUCUAAAUCAAGGCCAACGUUUAAUCCCCAGCGCUCUGCUGACCCUAGCCUUAUGAGCCCCAAACAGAACCCCAGCCCCUCUCUCCAACCUCUUGUCCUGCCUAAGUGGUCCCACAGAUGCAAUUUGAACAUUCACACUUCUACCAAUGUGCCUUUUUAGAGUUCAUAUCAUUCAAGUUGCCAGAGGAGGACAUUUUACCUGGUCUUUUAAUAGGAUGCAAGCUUAGGGAAACCUGUUCUUAGUCGUUAGGUUCUAUGCAGUCAGGUUUUUUACCAGACCUGGGAAUUUAAAAAAAGCUAAAAAGGAAAAAAAAGUAUUUUUUGGAUAAAAAAAACACAAAAAACUAAACUGUAUUUAAUGUACUGUACGCUUAUAUGUAAGUAGACAGCGUGUUCUGGCUUUAAGCCAAUGGGACAGACGCUUGAUUUAGCAAGACUAGCCCCCGCCCCGGUCCUCCCCAUCCCCCAGAGUCCUCCACAACCCCCAGCCCCACUUUCCCGUUUCAAGCCCCGCCCCUGUUUCCAUGGUGAACAACGCGUCUCUUCUUGUAUUAUAGCUUAUCAGCUUUUUAUCAAUAUUUGAUCGGCUUGUCCGUAAGCCAAUGUAGUCUUCAGUACAAAGUGUGUGGUCGUAUGUUGUAAAGCUAAUUUUGUUUUUUUUUUUUUUUUGCCCUUCGCUCUCUCGCUCUCUUUUAUAAGAACAAUCUUUUCUCUUAUUACUUUUUUUGUCCGUUCUGGUUUACAUGUCUAUUACAGAAAAUGUAAAAAAAAACAAAAAAAACAUAAAAAAAAAUAAAAUAAUAAAAAAAAAAAUAAAAAACACAAUUCGCUAUCUGACGGCGUUGUUCUCUGUCAGUGGUCAUUCUGACGCGGUUAAAAUCCUAUCCACUCAACCGGAAGGCACGGAAACUGGAAAAGAAUCUAUUUGAAUAAAUCAAUCUAUAUAUAAAUGUACAAAAAAAAUAUAUACAGUAUAUUAUGAGGGUGCCAUUUUCUGUAUUUUUUUUUUAUUUCCCUUUGCAACGGAGUGUUUUCUUGGGGAGGAGUUAUUUUCUCAAAGACUGAACUGGCAGAAGUUGGCGAGGCCCCUCAGUGUUAUAAAUUUUCAACUGACUUCAUUGUAUUCUCUGUUGUUGCCAUGACAACGCCCUCUUCACUAGUACGGCACCCUGCGCAGGACAAAAUGGGACCGGAGUUCCAUCAGUUCCACUUAACUGCUCUCUGUCCAAGGCAACAACACACAGACGUUUGUAAAUUGUAUGCAACAAAAUGGCAAACUUUACCAUUAUUUUGAAAUUGUGUAUGUAAAAGUUAUAUUUUUACAUGUAGACUGUUGUUAUUUUGUGUUUUAGAAAUAUGUUGUAUCGGUUUUUUCGUUAAAAGAUGAAAAAGUAAAAUUCAGUGUGUGUUGAAAAAAAUGUGUCACAUUGAAAAUGUAGUGAGGUCAAAAGUUCAGAAAUCCUUUUAUUUUCUUUUAUUUCCAUUAUUAUGUUUAUAUCUAUGGGGGACAUUUUUGAGGGUUGGAGGGAGGAAUCAUAAGAGAUGAUAUUUGUUUAAUUCUCCAUGCCUCAUGACAUUACCAUUUUGAAUUGUAUUUUUCGCAGAGAUCUGUGUAAAUAGUCAUUGACCAUUUUCUGUGUGGGUUUCUGUCGGGGUUGAGAUUUGCCAGUGAAGGACGACGAUCAUGGUGAUGAACUUGUUUUGAUUCCUAGUGAGGUUGUACUUGUCCGGUUACAGUAGCCCGGUGCCAACUUUUUAGUUUCAAUCAGUGGUGCUCAGUACUAUUGUGGUUUUGGUUGCCGACCAUCUGAAGUGUAAGUCAAACUGUUGUCUUCGCUUGCACCAAGAGUCACGUGUAUCAGAGCCGACUUGAGCCAUUUUUCAGCACCAUGUGAGGAAUUCAUUUAUAAAAAAUUGAUUUAAAAAAGCCAUUAUUCAACUUUUUUUGCAAUAAUAAAAAUUUGUUAUUGUAUUUGAACAUUUCUGGUGAUAACAACAUGAGAGUGAUUGAUAAAUUGUGACAAAAUUCUAACUGAGGAAUCCAAAGUGUUCCAAUGCGAGUCACUUUGGCGCCCGUGGUGGCUGUGGACUGGCUCUGCCUCCUGCCUGUGCAUUUGUUUUCUUUCCGAUGGGUUGUAAAUGUUGACUCAAUGAAAGACCCUCAGCACCUGAUUCAAGAUUAAUAUAUGGAAGGAAAAAAAAAAGAAGAAGAAGCCGACUCGUCAGCAACAAUCUUAUCAGCUAUUUCCCCAAAAAGUAAUCAGAUCGUGUGCAACAAGGCAGUUUCAGUCAUUCGUUUUUAGUGUUUGCCAUUAAAAUUGAGCUUUUUGUCAAAAGGAAAAGCUGCUUUGAAUCGGACCUAGGUCAAACACUAGGAUUGAAUCUGUCAGUGUAAGUGCUAAAUGUAUUUUUUAAGUAAUGUUAUUUUUGCGAUGCUUUAUUUCAUAUUUUUCUCUUUGUUGUAUAAUCAAGUCAUCUCCCGAAUUUCAGUAUCUUCAUUUUUAUGUUACCCCUGGUGUUUCUAUUAGCCAAAAUGUUAACUUUUUUUUCUUUUUUCCUCCUUGUUGUACAUACACACCUCAUUUCUCUUUUUCAGUGACUGUGCCAUGAGCUUUGUAAUCUGUUACUCUGUACCAGUUUUACUGCAAUAAUGAGUUGAAUUCAAAA